AACCUAAUAUUUGCCGCUCGACUUUCACAGCGGAGGAGCUUCUAGCAUUUUCCAUCUCUCUCUAACCUCAGCGAAAUAGAGCACAGGAAAAGAAUGGCGGACGAUUUAACCCUAGAUUUGGUGGAGCUACGCCACCUUCAGAGCAUCGCAAAACGGCCUCGGAUUGUUUCCCUCAUUUCCUCUGAGAUUCGCAACUUGGAGAAGUUGUCGAAAGAAGCUGCUUCUACCACAAUCUCACAGACUCCGAGCCCAAUUGCAACUCCAAAGGUGGUCUCUACCCCAUCACUGAUUUAUACUACACUUGGAUCUUUCAGCUGGGAUCAAGACAAUGAGAAAGUCAAGAUAUAUGUCUCCCUCGAAGGAGUUGAGCAGGAGAAAAUAGAGACCGAGUUCAAGCCAACGUCCCUUGAUAUCAAAUUUCAUGAUGUUCAAGGAAAAAACUAUCGAUGCGCCAUACCAAAAUUGAAUAAGCAGGUUGUGCCAGAGAAGUGUAAGGUGGUAGUUAAGCCUACAAGGGUCAUCAUCACAUUGUUUAAAGCUUCAAAAGGGAACUGGUUGGAUUUGCACCUUAAAGAGGAUAAGCUGAAACCAAAUCCGAACAAGGAAAAGGAUCCCAUGGCAGGAAUUAUGGACUUGAUGAAGAACAUGUACGAGGAAGGGGAUGAUGAAAUGAAGCGAACAAUUGCAAAAGCAUGGACAGAUGCAAGAUCUGGCAAAGCUGCUGACCCUCUGAAGGGCUAUCGUUGAAGUCAUUUGGUUGACUCAUGUUUUGACAAAUCCUGAGAAAGUAGGUUUUUGUGAUCCGUUUGUUGUGCUUCAUCUUAUAUACUUGAUACGGUAUUGCACAGCAUGGAGGGUGUUGUCAUUUUGUGUUCAAGGUGGUAUGUGUUCAAGGUGGUAGAACACUCGUAUGUCUGAAUGGUUUUCUGGAGUAGUUAUGACAAAUAUAAUCUAUGCACAUAACCUUUUUGAAUUGUGUCUUAUGCA